ACGCAACGCGCUGAUAACGGAAGUCGGAAACACCGACUGCCUAUAUUAUAAUACUCGUCGCGCACAUACGAAUUUAUGUAAUUUAUAGCAUCAACUAUCAACUACUUUUUAAUAUUUAUAAAAUAAAUUAAACACGGUUGACCGGAGACAGGACAGCCGCAGACGUCGCCAUGAUCGGCGGUCUGUUCAUGUACAAUCACAAGGGUGAAGUGUUGAUAUCGCGUGUGUACCGCGAUGACAUCGGCCGCAACGCUGUGGACGCUUUCCGCGUGAACGUUAUACACGCGCGCCAGCAGGUCCGCUCUCCAGUCACCAACAUCGCGCGCACUUCGUUCUUCCACAUCCGUCGGGCCAACAUCUGGUUGGCCGCUGUCACCAAGCAGAAUGUCAACGGUGCCAUGGUAUUCGAGUUCCUCAUACGUUUCACGCAGGUCAUGCAGUCGUACUUUGGUAAGAUCAACGAGGAGAACAUCAAGAACAACUUUGUUCUCAUCUACGAGCUGCUCGACGAGAUACUUGACUUUGGCUAUCCGCAGAACUGCGACACAGGCGUGCUCAAGACGUUUAUCACACAGACGGGCGUCAAAUCACAGAGCAAGGAGGAGCAGAUGCAGAUCACGUCCCAGGUCACUGGUCAGAUUGGCUGGCGACGCGAGGGCAUAAAGUACCGCCGUAACGAGCUGUUCCUCGACGUGCUGGAGUAUGUUAACUUGCUCAUGUCGCCCCAGGGUCAAGUGUUGUCGGCGCAUGUUGCCGGCCGCAUUCUCAUGAAGUCCUACCUGAGCGGCAUGCCUGAAUGCAAGUUUGGCAUCAAUGAUAAGAUAGUCAUGGAGUCCAAGGGCACCAAGAUUCUUGAUGACACAGGCUCUAGAACAGCUUCUGGGAAGCCAGUUGUCGUCAUCGAUGAUUGCCAAUUUCAUCAGUGCGUGAAGCUUUCAAAAUUUGAAACCGAACAUUCCAUAAGCUUCAUUCCACCUGAUGGCGAGUUUGAGUUGAUGCGUUACCGUACCACCAAAGAUAUAUCACUGCCAUUCAGAGUUAUACCGUUGGUAAGAGAAGUAGGUCGUACUCGCAUGGAAGUCAAAGCCGUAUUGAAGUCUAAUUUCAAACCCUCCUUGUUAGGACAAAAAAUCGAAGUCAAGAUCCCCACUCCCUUGAACACAGCUGGUGUUCAAUUGUUAUGCUUAAAAGGAAAAGCCAAGUACAAGGCUUCAGAUAACGCGAUUGUGUGGAAAAUUAAGAGGAUGGCGGGCAUGAAAGAAACGCAGCUAUCAGCAGAAAUCGAUCUUUUGGAGACUGACACUAAGAAAAAAUGGACUAGACCGCCAAUUUCAAUGAAUUUUGAGGUACCAUUUGCUCCUUCUGGAUUUAAAGUCAGAUAUUUAAAGGUAUUCGAGCCAAAGUUAAAUUAUUCUGAUCACGAUGUUGUUAAAUGGGUUCGUUAUAUUGGGCGAAGUGGAUUGUAUGAAACCAGGUGUUAAACAAAUUAAACUAUUAUAUUUAAUUUCAUAAUUUCCCAAAAUUCUGCUCCAACAUUUAUAAUGUACUGAUUAAUAUCAAAAUAUAUAAUAUUAAUUAUUGUAUCAUAUUAUCAUAUUUUUAAUUUAUUAUCCAUUCAGUAUACUGUAUUGUAUGAUUAAAUACAUUUAUUAUUAUUUAGGCUAGUCAUUUAUAUUCAUUUUAUGUGCUUUAUAGCCAAUAUAAUUUUUAUUAUUAUUAUAAUUAUACCUACAUAGUUAAUUUAUUAUUUUAUGUAUUUUUUUUUCUACUUAAUUAAUGGAUCUGCAUUAUAUUUUUCUUAGUAUUUGUAAUAACUUAUUUUUCAUUUGCCACAGCUAGUACUACAGCUAAAUUUAAAUGUACAUUGCCGGAUAGCAUGAACAAUCACUAAAUAUUUAACGAAUAAAUAGUGAGCUGAUGAUCCCUUAAAAACGAUUUAGUAGCCUGUGAUUGGUCUACUAAAUUUUAUUGAACCAUUAAAAUAAUACAUUUUUUAUGCAACCUGGCAUAGGUAAAUAUUAAUUAUUGUAAUAAUUUGACAUGUAACAGUUGGUUCAUCACUAUAAAGUAUAAUGUAAUAAUAUUAAUUCUAUUUAUGAAAUAAAGUACGUUUUUCGUGCUUUAUUAUAAUAUAAUAUAAUAUUAUAACAGUAACAA